UUCUGGAAUUGUAGGUUCACGUCUCUCUCUCUCCCUCUCUCGUCSGUCUUGCCUCCGUGCGUGACACCGGCGCACCAUAUGCCUCCCAAAACAAGACACAGUGAAGCAACGCAAAGUAUUGAAUAAGUAGCAAGAUAACAUAGCUAACGGACAUCAAGCCAGCUGCAUUAUUCACAGUCAAGCUAGCUAGCUAUCUUAGCUAACUGUGCCAUGGACCCGCGAGACACAGCACCGGAUUCGUGGGAGCAGGAGGAGGAUGUCAAGGCCCGAGCUGCCGCGGGGCUCCAGUCCGCUCUCGCCGCUCUCAACGUCAAUGCCAAGCCAUUUAUCCCGAAUGUCGACGCGGCGGUGUUUGUGCCGACUUUCCUUCAAAGUAGCCCUACGGAAAUCUCAAAUUCCGACGGUCACGGUGCUGAGCCAGUUGCCAGCAUGGAGGUUUUAGAAACAGUUGCUCCGGUGGAGAACGGAGGAGGGACAGAAGCAGACGUGGUGGUGGAGGUAGAGACGUGGGAGCAGAAAGAGGAGCCCGGGGAAGGAGAACCAGGAGGAGGGGGAGCCCUGGGAGGAGAGGGAGGUUCCAGUGAAGAGGCACAGGGAAGGGAGGAAGUGGAGAUGAUGGAGGAGGAAGAAGAGGAGGAGUUGCCCGUGCUAAAAGUAAUCCCGCUCCCACCAAAUGCCCCGAAGAAGGAGCAUGUCAAUGUGGUGUUCAUCGGUCAUGUGGAUGCUGGUAAAUCAACUAUUGGAGGACAGAUCAUGUAUUUGACAGGUAUGGUGGAGAAAAGAACCCUGGAGAAAUAUGAAAGAGAAGCAAAAGAAAAAAACAGAGAAACAUGGUACCUGUCCUGGGCCCUGGACACUAACCAGGAGGAGAGAGACAAGGGAAAGACGGUGGAGGUGGGGAGAGCCUACUUUGAGACAGAGAAAAAGCACUUUACUAUCCUGGAUGCUCCCGGCCACAAAAGCUUUGUCCCCAACAUGAUUGGUGGCGCAUCACAGGCUGACUUGGCAGUGCUUGUGAUCUCGGCCAGAAAAGGAGAGUUUGAGACAGGCUUUGAGAAGGGAGGCCAGACGCGGGAGCACGCCAUGCUGGCCAAGACGGCUGGAGUCAAGCACCUCAUCAUCCUCGUCAACAAGAUGGAUGACCCCACCGUCAACUGGAGCUUGGAAAGGUAUGAGGAAUGUAAAGAGAAAUUAGUGCCAUUUCUGAAGAAGGUGGGCUUCAACCCAAAGAAGGACAUCUACUUCAUGCCUUGCUCUGGGCUAACGGGAGCCAACUUGAAGGACCCCAUAGAGGAGUGCACGUGGUACACGGGGUUGCCAUUCAUCCCACACCUAGACAGCCUGCCAAGCUUCAACAGAAUCACAGACGGCCCCGUCAGAUUACCCAUCGUAGACAAAUACAAGGAUAUGGGCACGGUGAUCCUGGGGAAGCUGGAGUCUGGCUCCAUUGCCAAAGCCCAGCAGCUGGUCAUGAUGCCUAACAGGCACACAGUGGAGGUGCUGAGUCUGCUGUCUGAUGAGGUGGAGACAGAUGAAGCUGUUCCUGGAGAGAACCUGAAGCUAAGGCUGAAGGGCAUCGAGGAAGAGGAGAUUCUGCCUGGCUUCAUCCUCUGUAACGCUGAGAACCUCUGCCACUCCGGACGCACCUUUGAUGCCCAGAUCGUCAUCAUUGAGCAUAAAUCCAUAAUCUGCCCAGGUUACAACGCAGUCCUACACAUCCACACCUGUAUUGAAGAAGUACAAAUCACAGCCUUAAUCUGUCUUGUGGACAAGAAGACAGGUGAGAAGAGCAAGACGCGACCUCGCUUUGUCAAACAGGACCAGGUGUGCAUCGCCCGGCUUCGGUGUGCCGGAACCAUCUGCCUCGAGACCUUCAAAGACUUCCCACAGAUGGGGAGGUUCACCCUACGAGAUGAAGGCAAAACCAUUGCUAUUGGCAAAGUGCUGAAGCUGGUACCAGAGAAGGACUAAUGUGAACCAGCAUGGAAUCCUGGGACAGUUGUCAUGACAGAGGAAGCUGCUGACGCCGACCUAGCCAGCCACCCCCUCUUACAUACCACUCUCCUGAAGAGGACGAGGAAGAGAAGGAGAACAAAUCAAGUUUGAAAAUAAAGAAGAAACUGUAAAAAGUGACUGAAUCAGUUUUUAUGAUGAACAAUAUUAAAGAAAGACAAGUCCAGUGUGUCAGCUUUCUCAUAUUGAGAGCUCAGCUAUGCCACUAAUGUAGCCGCUACCCUUUCCUAGGCCAAUCUCACUCUGCGCUGGUCCACCUUUUGUUUUGGAAAUGGGAAUAUAUGCAGUGUUACUUUGCUUGUAAAGGAAGGGACUGGCGUUGCAUCCGGUUGCAUCACUUUGGACCAGAGUUAGCUAGUUAUACCCAUUCAAAUCCAAAAUAUUAUACCAAAAUGUAAAUAUUUUGGUAGUAGACAUCCCCAUACCAAAUCCUAUCUGGUAUGUUCACACACACAAUCAAACAAACAUGGUUCCUGUUGUGAUCAUGUGUUGUCACGUUACCAACAACAAUGAAAAUAAAGUAUCAAACUGAGGAAUAAAAGUAAAA